GAGAACGAGGGCUGGUUUGACCCCUGGUCUCUCCUGAACGCUCUCAGACGUAAGGCCGUGUCUAUGGGAGUCUAUCAGUGCUUUGGAGAGGUCACAGGAUUUAAAUGUGCUGCAAAUUUGGCAGAAACCACAGAUGGAGAGGUUCUUAAUGUCCAAAGGAUAAAAUAUGUUAAUGUGCGGAUGCCCAACAGUCUGGAGUAUCAGCCCGUGGAGUGUGCCGUCGUGGUAAAUGCAGCAGGUGCAAACUCAGGAAAGAUCGCCUCCAUGCUAGGCAUCGGAUUAGGCCCGAAAGAAUCCGUGUCUGGUGUUCCGCUACCCGUGGAGCCCAGAAAAAG